AUGGAGUCUUUGACAGGAGAACAGAAAGCACUGUUGCUGAACGAAGUUUCGAGGAUCUCGUCUGGUGAGCUUCUGAACGCCAACAAAGAUCUCGCGAGCUUUCUGGCUUCAGGAGCAUCGGAUAUCGAUCUGAGUGGGUGCUCGUUGCUUCGGCCAGAGGUCUGCAAGGACAUGUUCACCUCGGUUGGUUCGAUGCAGUUGAUUUCAAUGAACAUCUCAGAUUGCCAUCCGUACAUGUCAGGGCUGAUGUUGUCUGAGGUUUGGGAUCAUGUUCCUCGACUCGAGAAGCUCGAGUUUCGUGCUACUUCCCUCUUGCUCAAUUUCAAUCGAGCCAUUAAGGACUUGGCUGUGAAAUGUGAGAGAAUCACUCACAUAGACCUUUCCCUCUCAGUCAACCUGUCUGACGACGCUGUCUCGACGUUGCUAGCAUCGUGCAGAGAGCUGAGGGUGCUGAAAGUAGCCAAUUGUCCUCGCAUAACAGACGACGCCUUCAGAGUGCAGCCGAUUUCAUCGAGUCUUGCAGAGCUGGAGAUGUGGGGUAAUCGCGCCAUUACAGAUGUUGCACUUCAGAGGAUUGGAUGCAACGAGGACAUUCGUUUGAGGCGUCUACUACUGACAGGAACGAGCACUACAUCGAGGGGGCUUCAGAGUUUGAACCUGGAUGAAGUGCGAACGCUCGAGUUGGGAGAGUGCGAGCUGUUCGUUGAAGACAUUCGAUUCAUUCUCUUGUCUGCACGAAAUCUGGAAAGGCUGGAUCUGAGUUGGUGUGACAAUGUGGAGGAUGAAAUGUUGGGUAGGAUUGCAGGCCAUGCACAGUGCUUGACGCAUCUAGACAUGCGAAAAUGCAGUGAGAUUACAGACGUCUCGAUGGAGCAACUUUGCUCGACUCGCUCCCAGCUGGUACAUCUUGGCCUUGCCCGGUGUGACUCGCUAGGAGACUCUUCGGUGCGGUCGAUAUGCAACCACUGCAAGACUCUACAAUCGCUCGACCUGAGCUGGCUGAACGAAGUCACUGCUGCGGGGAUAGAGGAAGUUGUGUGCAAGCUAUCGUGCUUAACAUCCUUGAAGCUGGAAGGAUGCAAACCUCUUUGCGACAGUCACUUGGAGAUGGCGUCCAGAAACCUCAAAGUCCUGCGGGAGUUUCACAUGGGGUGGUGCAACUCACCAACGGACGACAUGAUUGAUGAGCUGGUGACCAAGCUUCCAAGCGUGAUAGUGUGGGAUUACUACGGAAGAGAGCACGUGGGAGACCUUGCUAAGAAGAGAACAAAGCCAUGA